AUGACCCCCCGAUUAAAUAUUUUCCAGGGGCUUCAGUUAAACUCUCUGCGAUCUACAUCUUCCACGACCUUACCCGCUUCCGCACGAUGUUUCUCCACGACCUUCCCAUCCUUCAACUGGCUAGUCCCAAAACACCGCGAGAAACGGAAGUCGCAAAAGGGCCGUCCUCGAAUGCCCACCGGUGGUUCCUCCCGGGGAACAACGGUCAUCUGGGGCGACUAUGGCCUUCGGAUGAAGGAUCAUGACCGUCGAGUGUCGGCAGAUCAGCUGAAGAUCGGCUAUGAAACGAUCCAGAAACGACUCAGAGGCAUGAAGUACAAAUUCUACCCACGAGUAGCUGCUAAUAUCGGUGUCUAUACAAGUGGUAACGAGCAGCGUAUGGGGAAGGGCAAGGGUAAAUUCGAUUAUUGGGCUGCAAGAGUCGCGGUUAAUCGAAUCAUUUUCGAGCUGAAGGGGGAUCUCCAUGAGAAGGUGGCGCGGGAGGCGUUUAGGUUGGCAGCGGCCAAGAUGCCUGACUGGCUGUAG